UUAAACUAAUCAUAAAUAAAUCUAAUGUAAUGUAAAUAGGUAUUUAACUAAACAUAGAAAUUAAAAUAAAAUACCGCGGUUUUUAAUGCACAUUCCAUGAUAUAAUUUUGAUAAAAUGGGUGCUCUAUUUGGUAAAAGUAAAAAACCUGCGAGCAGGGUAACGGAGCAAGAUAAGGCAGUUCUGCAGUUGAAGCAACAAAGAGAUAAAUUAAAACAAUAUCAAAAGAAAAUAGAACUUAACCUAGAAAGAGAUCGGCAAUUAGCUAAGAAACUACUUUCAGAAGACAAACGAGAUAGAGCAAAACUUCUAUUGAAGAAAAAGAGGUAUCAAGAACAGUUGCUGCAGAACACUGAUACUCAGCUAGAAAAGUUGGAGCAAUUAACCCACGAUCUCGAAUUCACACAGAUUGAAGUACAGGUACUAGAGGGUCUUAAGACUGGAAAUGAUGCAUUAAAGAAGGUUCAUGAUAUUCUAAGCAUAGAUGAGAUAGAGAAAAUUAUGGAUGAAACUCGGGAAGGUAUAGAGAAACAGAGAGAGAUUGAUGAAAUGAUUUCUGGCCAACUGACUUCAGAAGAUGAUGAGGCUAUUGAAGCUGAGCUUGAGUCUAUUCUCGAUGUUGCUGAUCAAUUGCCGGAUGUACCUGAAGAUAAACUGCCAGAGGCCAAGGCUGAUGAUAUUCCGGCAAGGCCACAAAGAGCUAAGAAUAAGACAAACAAGGUGGCCGUUGAAGCUUGAAUGUUAAACUUGUAGAUUAAGAUAUAUGAUAUAAACAUAAAUGUAUAUAAAAAUGUACAAAUGCAUCAAUAAACAGAUUAUAUUUUGCAAAACU